AUGGCAGUGCCGGCGGCUUUGAUCCCUCCGACCCAGCUGGUUCCCCCUCAACCCCCGAUCUCCACGUCUGCUUCCUCCUCUGGCACCACCACCUCCACCUCUUCGGCGACUUCGUCUCCGGCUCCGUCCCUCGGACCCCCGGUGUCCUCCGGGCCAACUCUGUUCCGGCCGGAGCCCAUCGCUUCCAGCAGCAGCAGCAGUAGCAGCAGCAGCAGUAGCAGCAGCAGCUGCGGCCCCCUCCCCGGGAAACCCGUGUACUCAACUCCAUCCCCAGUGGAAAACACCCCCCAGAAUAAUGAGUGCAAAAUGGUGGAUCUGAGGGGGGCCAAAGUGGCUUCCUUCACAGUGGAGGGCUGUGAGCUGAUCUGCCUGCCCCAGGCUUUCGACCUGUUCCUGAAGCACUUGGUGGGGGGCUUGCACACGGUCUACACCAAGCUGAAGCGGCUGGAGAUCACACCGGUGGUGUGCAAUGUGGAACAGGUUCGCAUCCUGAGGGGACUGGGCGCCAUCCAGCCCGGAGUGAACCGCUGCAAACUCAUCUCCAGGAAAGACUUUGAGACCCUCUACAAUGACUGCACCAACGCAAGUUCUAGACCUGGAAGGCCUCCUAAGAGAACUCAAAGUGUCACCUCCCCUGAGAGCUCUCACAUCAUGCCACAUUCUGUCCCUGGCCUCAUGUCUCCUGGGAUAAUUCCCCCAACAGGUCUGACAGCAGCAGCCGCAGCAGCUGCCGCGGCCACCAAUGCAGCUAUUGCUGAAGCAAUGAAGGUGAAAAAAAUCAAAUUAGAAGCUAUGAGCAACUAUCAUGCCAGUAAUAACCAACACGGAGCAGACUCUGAAAACGGGGACAUGAAUUCAAGUGUCGGACUGGAACUUCCUUUUAUGAUGAUGCCCCACCCUCUAAUUCCUGUCAGCCUACCUCCAGCAUCUGUCACCAUGGCAAUGAGCCAGAUGAACCAUCUCAGCACCAUUGCAAAUAUGGCGGCAGCAGCACAAGUUCAGAGUCCCCCAUCCAGAGUUGAAACAUCUGUUAUUAAGGAGCGUGUUCCCGACAGCCCCUCGCCUGCCCCCUCUCUGGAGGAGGGCCGGAGGCCUGGCAGUCACCCCUCAUCCCAUCGCAGCAGCAGCGUGUCCAGCUCCCCCGCACGGACUGAGAGCUCGUCUGACAGAAUCCCUGUCCAUCAGAAUGGGUUGUCCAUGAACCAGAUGCUAAUGGGCUUAUCACCAAAUGUACUCCCUGGGCCCAAAGAGGGAGACUUGGCUGGUCAUGACAUGGGACAUGAGUCGAAAAGGAUGCAUAUCGAAAAAGAUGAGACCCCGCUUUCUACACCAACCGCAAGAGACAGCCUUGACAAACUUUCUCUAACUGGGCAUGGACAACCACUACCUCCAGGGUUUCCAUCUCCGUUUCUCUUUCCUGAUGGAUUGUCUUCCAUAGAGACCCUCCUGACUAACAUACAGGGACUCUUGAAAGUUGCCAUAGAUAAUGCCAGAGCUCAAGAAAAACAGGUCCAACUGGAAAAAACAGAGCUGAAGAUGGAUUUUUUAAGGGAAAGAGAACUAAGGGAAACACUUGAGAAGCAGUUGGCUAUGGAGCAAAAGAAUAGAGCCAUAGUUCAAAAGAGGCUAAAGAAGGAGAAGAAGGCAAAGAGAAAAUUGCAGGAAGCUCUUGAAUUUGAGACAAAACGGCGUGAGCAAGCAGAACAGACACUAAAACAGGCAGCUUCAACAGAUAGUCUCAGGGUCUUGAAUGACUCUCUGACCCCAGAGAUAGAAGCUGACCGCAGUGGCGGCAGAACAGAUGCUGAAAGGACAAUACAAGAUGGAAGACUGUAUUUGAAAACUACUGUCAUGUACUGAAUCUUUCCUGUUGAAGAAAUCCAUGUUAAAGAGCGUUGCAGUCACAUGUUUGUCGUGGGAAAGUUCGGAAAAAAAAUAAAGUCCUUUUGAAGGGAACUUCCUCAAUUUUGUGUAUUAUUGUUCUUUGAAAGUUAAGUAUUCUACAAAAAAAAAAAAAAAACUCCAUUGAUUUUCACCCGUGGUUCAUACCAGAGACCUGAGAAUGUUUGUAAAUGUACAAGUAUCAAACUUCUUACAGAUAACUGCAACUUGCUGCUGGACACUUGUCUACAGAGUCAAAGGCAGGUCUACCUGAGACCUGGAUUCUUUUUUAAUGGAAUGAACCAUUUUCCUCUUCUGAAAAUUCUGUAUCUGAGCACAUCAAGAGACUCUUAUAGCAGUGGUUACCCAGACUAACAGAAUUAUGUCCUCCUGAAACCAGCAAGAACACUUGGAAAUGAAAAUGUAGGGGGCAUAGAGGAUUUUGAAAACAAUAAAAAAGAAAGAGUAAUAUUCUGUUACAUUCACUUUUAAACUCUCUAAUUGUGAGGUUUCUCCGAUGGUUUUUUUCACACACUUUCCAAAAGACCAACAAAUGGAUGUUGACAACUACCCAGUGAAAUAGCAUUCUGCAAAUCUGAAAAGAAGCAUUGACUAUAAGCCAAAAGGUUUCACGGAAGGUCUUUUUUUUUU